GGUGCGCGCCUGCGCAGUGGGAGAGCGGCCGGCGCAGGGCUGGGCGCUAUUAGCAGCUAAGCUAAAGUUAAGCGGCCGAGACGAGGAAGCGGAGUUUCCGCCCGCGGAGGAGCUGAAAGGGAGGAGGAGGCGCCGACACCGCGACGUCCUGAGGAGAGCAGAGAGGAAAAGCAAGCGAGCCCGUCGCCGGCUUUUGGAAAAGACUAGGGUCCGUCGGACGAAGCAGCCUCCUCUUGAUAGUCACCGGGCGGGCGGGCCGUCUGGCAGCUUUGCGGAGCGAGAGAGGGGUUCGGCGGAUGAGCCAAGCAGAAGGAGGCGGGCAGAGCGUUAGCGCAGGAGCGGGGCUUCAGCCAAACCAGCGGCAUGGCCAGGGACUACGAUUACCUCUUUAAGCUGCUGAUCAUCGGGGACAGCGGUGUGGGAAAGAGCAGUCUUCUUCUGCGUUUUGCAGACAACACAUUUUCAGGUAGCUAUAUUACCACUAUAGGGGUUGACUUCAAGAUCCGAACAGUAGAAAUCAACGGAGAGAAGGUGAAGUUACAGAUCUGGGAUACAGCAGGGCAGGAGCGCUUCCGAACCAUCACCUCUACGUAUUACAGAGGGACCCAUGGGGUCAUAGUAGUAUAUGAUGUCACCAGUGCAGAGUCUUUCGUCAAUGUCAAACGAUGGCUGCAUGAAAUUAAUCAGAACUGUGAUGACGUGUGUCGAAUAUUAGUGGGUAAUAAGAAUGAUGACCCAAACUCUAAAGUAGUGGAGACGAACGAUGCGCAGAAGUUUGCAGAGCAGAUGGGCAUCCGCCUGUUCGAGACGAGCGCGAAGGAGAACAUAAACGUGGAGGAGAUGUUUAACUGCAUUACGGAGCUGGUGUUACGGGCAAAGAAAGAAUCCGUCGCCAAACAGCAACAGCAGCAACAGAAUGACGUGGUCAAGCUCAAUAAGAACAGCAGACGAAAGAAAAAGUGUUGCUAGUGGAUCUUUAGCGAAAAGGAAAAAAAAAUGACGGCAGCCUUCACUGCAAAAUCCAUACAGAAAAGGACUACGAUCAACUAAAUUAAGACCACGGAAAGAGUAAUAAAGAAACCGUAAUGAUGAAAUGGAAAGAUGUCCCUUUUGGACAAAUGCAAAUCAUAAAGACUUUUUAAAGAAAAAUGUACAGAUUUUAUUAGAAUUAAGGAGUUUUAUGUGGAAUUCAACAGAUGUGGUAUUUAAUAAAAGAUCCUCCUUCUUUCUCGAAGGACCUGCAAGCUGA